AUCAUUUUAUUAUUAUUAUAUUAUUUCAUAUGCUUGAUUGCUAAAAGGACGGAUUUUUUUCUUUGGAAAUUACGUUAUUGAAGAGCAGAUAUAAAGAGCAAAUAAUGAACAUGCAUACGGUUUUUCAACGAAAACCUCUUCUUAUGAUACUAGCAUGUUUGGGCAUAUCAAGUCUUUGCUUCAUCUAUACACGGACCGAUUCUGCUGCUACCUUUUACCAAAUUUUUCAAACAUCUGACGGAAUCAAGGCGUUCUGGGAAACUGACAAAAAUCUUAAUGAUUUAUUUUCUGGUACACAGAAAGUUUUAAAAUCAGCAAGUCCAUUUACAAGAAGCAUUGACAAUUCUAUCUUUCAAACACAUCGUGACAUACGAGUUUUAAGAGACGAGACCCUUAGAAAUAUCAUAAUCGAUGACGAAGUUGACUGUUCGAAAAGACAGUUUUUGCUUUAUAAAUGCAGUAGGGGUCUUUGUGGGGGAUGGGGCGACAGAGAAAAGGGAAUAGUGUCUUCAUUCCUGCUGGCGUUACUAACAAACAGAACGUUUGCCAUUUAUAUGGACAAGCCAUGCGAACUAGAGAAUUUUAUGGACCCUUUUAUCUUCAAUUGGACAAAGUGUAAAAGAUAUCUGGACACAAUACCAGCGCAAAAUACAACGGAAGAAAAUCAUGUUGGGGGAAAUAGAGGGUUUUAUGGUAAGAUAUCAAGUAUAGACUUUGAGAAACUUUGGACACGAAAGAAGAUUGUGCUGUUCUUGAAUGCGUAUGUUCCCGUGAUGGACAGCAUAAAAUUGCAUAAAGACGUCGAAAAACAAAUGAAAUGGAUCGUCAAUAUGACUAGACCAGAAAUUGUUCAUUUAGUUAUCCACACAUUGUUCAGACCAAAACAACGACUCAGAAAUGAACUUGCUGAAUUCAUUCGAACUAAUACCAACGGUAGGCAUCUUGUAUGCAGUCAUAUAAGGAUCGGUAAAAACCCUUCAAUCCCAGGUGAUAACAAUCUACCAAAAGGUUCACCUAAAGAAGGAACGAUAUUUUCGUUCUUGAAACGGUUUAAAAAUCCAAGAAAAUAUGCCAUAUAUAUUGCCACAGAUUCUAACGACGUCAGGCAAGGCGCCAUGAAUAAUUUCAAAAAUGUUUUCAAUAUAAAUCGCACAAUAGUUCACGUCGACAGAUUUAAGAAGGUAGACAGAGAGACAGAUAUUUGCGAGGGUCUCUACACGGUUUUAUUCGAGCAAUUAAUGUUAUCCUUUUGUGAUACGCUCUUAAUAACGCGCAGUAAUUUUGGAACUAUUGCAGCUUAUAUGCGUGGUUCGUCUGAUGAUUUAUAUUUGUAUCAUACAAAGACGGAUAAGGUCUUUUUAACCAAUAUUACAAACAUUCAAUCAGUUUACGGCUUUGUUUGACCGUCUUUUGGAAAAGAGGAAAAGACUUAAAGCCAAUGAAACAAUUUUCACAUGUUAUGUAAUGUUUUUCGAUUUAUUAGUUAUUAGGGUAUUUUGUCACAUUCGAUCCAUCUUUAAAUAGUUAAAUAUCUAAUUCGUAAGCCUGAUUUAUUCAUAAUUAUAUAGUCAGUUAAAUACUUGAUUUAUUGAUUGAUUGAUUGAUUGAUUUAUCAAUUCAGUAAUGCAUCCUCAGUCUUCAACAAUUGGACAUCAACUAUCAUUAUUUAAUGAAACAGACCCUCACUCUAUAUAAUUAUAUUUGCAGCAGUCGUAUUUGUAUCAGUGUAAGUCAUUUCAUGUCAAAUUAAAAGACAAUUCUCUCCCAGACAAUCAUGUUAAGUCCUCAUGUUGCGACAGAAGUCAUGUGAUCACGACCUCUCCCUCUCGCGAGCAGAUUUACGAUAUCAUUAUAUGUAUAUAAAGCCGUUGUAGAAAGAUGCUUAGCAUUAUAACUUGUGACAAACCGAUGCAUCGCUUCGUCAAAAUAAAACAGUACAGAAGAAUGAUUUGUCAAUUGAACUUGUAUUUGACAAUAUGCUUCAUUAUUUUAGGUAUGUUUGUUUUAUUUCUAGUAUGAUUGUCAUUUAUAUUUAAUUAGUUAAUAUGUGAAGAAAAUCGUAUUCAUUAUAUUUUGAAUUUAAUUUCAAUUAUUUACAUAUGUAUGUGUUUGGGUCGUCCAUGAAAGAAACACUUUCAGUGGUGUGGUGUCAUAGGUAUAAUGGAAUAACUUGUAAUGGGUACAGUAAAAUUAUUUUGCAACGGACAGAACUCAAUUACUUUGAAUUUGGCAGAAUAAAGUAAUUAUAUGCAAUUGCUAGAGUAUACUUGUAAUUACUACGUUACAACGGACAGAGAACUUAUGAACAGACAGAAUAAAAUUACUUUGAAAUGGGAAGACGAAAAGGUACUUUGAAAUAAAGAAAGAAAAUUUCUUUGGUGUAGACAGAGUAAAUCAUAUUUUGCAAUGAAGAAAGUUAGAUAACUUUAAAGUGUGAUAGGGAAGCUUCUUUGCUUGGCAAGAGUAAAGUCUUGAAAACAAAGAGUAACUUUUCACAAGGCAGAAAAAUACUUUCUAAUGGGCAGUGUAACUGAUACUUUGCAACUGAUAGAGUAAAAUUACUUUGUAUGACACGAAUAAAGGUCUUUUUUAAGUAAAAUGUAUUUGCAUGUGUGUAAAAUUAUUUUUGAAUUGACAUAGUGAAAUGUCUUGUUUAUAUUAAAUUAUAAUUAUUCUAGUUUUAUCAAAGUGAAAUUAUUCUAGUUUAAACAGUUUCAAAGCAAUGAUUGGUAAACAUUUGUAUAACUGCAGAAAUAUUGUCAAAAAUACCAGAAUUAUUUUCACCAGAUUUAUAGUAAUCGCGUUUAUUUAAGAAAAAAACCAAAAAUACAGCAGUGCACAUAUGCAUCAGUUUUAUAUAAAUUUACAAUAAUAGAAUAGAAUAUAUAUGCAUGCAUUAAAUUAUGCUAUUACAUAAUAUAUGUUCAGACCUGUCAAUAACAUGUUCUUACUUAUAGUAUUAAAUUCAAAUAAUCUU